UUUCAGCAUUCAGUCCAGUGCUCUUCUUCCACUUCACACGGUGUCCGAGAAGCGUCGUCUCCCGCACCACCAUCCACCCCCGCGAUCUCCGUUUCCCCAAGCAUGGAUUUGAUAGUGCGACAGGUACUGUUCGCCUUGAUGGCGAGCAUCAGCAUCGUGCUCUGCGAACCACCCCUCAGCAAUCAGUACGGCGUUCCCGGAAAUUACGCAGGUGGAGGUCAUGGGGCACAAGGUGGUGGAAAUGGAUUUGGGGGCCAUUAUGGUGGGCACGAUCAUGGUGGGCAGGAUUACACAGAUAAUGAGCCCAAGGCCUACGAAUUCGGCUAUUCCGUGAAGGACCAGGCUACCGGAAACGACUUCGGUAGGCAGGAGACGAGCGACGGCGAGACCGUGCGCGGCGAAUAUAGAGUGCAGCUUCCGGACGGCAGGACGCAGAUAGUCACUUAUCACGCCGACUGGAGGACCGGUUUUCACGCCGACGUGAGGUACGAGGGUACCGCGUCCUAUCCGGACCAGUACAACGCCGGUUACGGGGCUGGUCCCGCUGGUGGUCAAGGUUUCGGCUACCAGGGAAAUCAAAUUGGCGGUGGAGGCGGAUUUACCGGGGGUAACCAAGGCAGUUACAACUACCCGUCGGGCGGCGGACACUUCGACAACGCCAACAACUACCAGUUUGGAUCCAAUUCCAUAGACAGCAGUUAUAACAAUUUCGGUGGAAGGAAUACUUAUCCGGGAGCACCGUCACCCACAUACGGUCCUGCUUUCCAUUAGAAUAUAUAAGAAAGUAUUAUAUAGGAUAUACUGAUCCUCUUGUGAGCACAGUCUUUUUUCCAAUAAAGACAUUUUUUCAUAAAAAUA